AUGCCUCGUUCGAUCCCUUCAUAUUUUACCUCCGUUCCUCAGGAGGAUCGACCUCCCGGUAGGAGUAACAGCCCGUCUACCACCCCCGGGCCUCGAACGGCACCUCCGUCUCCCGCCGCAUAUAGAAGAAGUCACAGCCUUCUCUCGGAACCUCACACUGGAUAUCAAUCGCUAGAAUCCCAUAUGGAGGUCGGAGAGACGACUAGUCUUCUGGGUAAAUCCAAAGAGGAUCGCAGAGGUGCUCCGCGACGGUCCUACACCAGUCUUUCUGCGUCUUCGGGGCCCGAAGUCACCUUUAGGCAGUCCCUGUUGGCUGGGAGCAUGCGUCGGUCACGGCAGCAUAGUCGGGCUAAUUCACAGGUUAGGAGAUUUACUCCCCAGCUACCCAGUAAUGAUGUGGACGACCAUCCCAGCGCAACCCCGCCGGCCAAAGAUGCCAUGAUCGCAUCCUCCUUUCUGGAUGAAAGAACUUGGUACGAUCAGUUUACCUCGACUGAUUGGGUGCACGACAGCAUUGCAGAUGGGGCCCGUCUCCGUGAGCUACGGAGUAGAAAGGACAUACGUGGUCGGCUAUUGGCUUCAUUUGAUGGCGCCCAGGGCUGGAUUUUGGUCGCAGUGAUCGGCUGCAUAACUGCAGCGAUCGCAUAUUUUGUGGACAUAACGGAGGAGGCUUUAUUCGAUCUCAAGGAAGGGUUCUGCACCACGAGAUGGUUUCAUGGUCGGAGUACUUGUUGUCGGUACAUCGAAGAAGACGAAACUUGCAACGCAUGGCGGUCAUGGUCCAACAUUUUUGGAUCUUCAGAUUCGGAUAACCAGUGGGUUGAUUUUGGCAUGUUUGUCUUCUGGGUUGUGAUCCUAUCUGUCAUAUCAUGCGCUUUGACCCUGUUGACCAAAACGGUCGUGCCCUCGUCAGUCUCCCUGACAACGUUGGAUGAGAACUUGGGUGCUGGUUCAUCUCGAGGGUCGCAUGGUGUGAGAUGUAAUGGGGAAGAGGCAGACUCUCCGGCCUCGGUUGUCAGCCCACAUGCAGACUAUGCAGGCCCCCCAACGCGCCCCGCUAUGGUCUAUUACCCUGCUGCAGGGAGUGGAGUGGCUGAGGUCAAAGUCAUCAACAGUGGCUUUGUUCUGCAUGGCUACCUGGGGCUGAAGACCUUGGUUGUCAAAACAAUUGCUUUGAUAUUCAGCGUUUCAUCUGGAUUAAGUUUAGGAAAAGAAGGGCCCUAUGUGCAUAUUGGCACCUGUGUGGGAAAUAUCUGCUGUCGAAUUUUCCCCAAGUAUAACCUCAACGAUGGCAAGAGGCGUGAGGUCUUAAGUGCAAGUGCUGCCAGUGGUGUUGGUGUUGCCUUUGGAGCACCUAUUGGCGGUGUGCUCUUCAGUUUGGAGGAAGUCAGUUACUAUUUCCCCCCAAAGACUCUGUUCAGAACGUUCUUCUGUUGCAUUGCUGCCGCCUUGUCUCUGAAGUUCCUCAACCCUUACGGGACGGGAAAGAUUGUCUUGUUCGAGGUCCGCUACAACAGUGACUGGCUGAUGUUCGAAAUGGGUUUGUUCAUUCUGCUCGGUAUUCUGGGUGGAGCGACAGGUGCCCUCUUUAUCAAAGCCUCCGGUUUUUGGGCACGAUCUUUCCGACGUAUUCCUUUAAUCAAGCGUUGGCCAAUGCUUGAGGUCAUUCUCGUUGCGCUGUUGACGGGAGUAACGAGCUUCUGGAAUCGAUAUACCAAACUUCCUGUCUCAGAACUCUUAUUUGAAUUGGCCAGUCCCUGCAAACACGAUUCGGCUUCGCCAAAUGGGUUAUGCCCUACCGAAGAUGGUAUUGGUGGUAUAAUCCGCUACCUGCUUGUGGCGUUGGUGAUUAAGAGUUUAUUGACUACUGUAACCUUCGGAAUCAAGGUCCCCGCCGGUAUCUAUGUGCCGUCCAUGGUGGUAGGGGGUCUUAUGGGUCGCAUUGUGGGCCACAUGGCCCAAUAUAUGGUUUUGAAGUUCCCAAACUUCUUCUUAUUUCAGUCAUGUCCCGUGGAUGCGGGAAUGGAGGCUUGUGUGACUCCCGGUAUAUACGCAAUGGUUGCUGCUGGUGCAACCAUGUGCGGCGUGACCCGAUUAUCAGUUACUUUGGCUGUUAUCCUGUUCGAACUGACCGGUAGCCUGAACCAUGUGCUGCCAUUUUCGUUGGCGGUCCUAUGUGCAAAGUGGACAGCGGACGCGAUCGAGCCUCGGAGUAUCUACGAUCUCUUAACUGACAUGAACUCGUACCCAUUCCUUGACAACAAGCUCCAGCCAGUGUCAGAUGCAGAACUCGGGGAUAUUGUUCGACCGGUGCGAAAGAGUCGCAUCAUCGACGUCUCUAAUACAGCCUGGGUGCCCGCGACAGAGCUCCGGUCAAAGCUCGAACAUCUGUUGAUGGCGGGUGAGCUGGACAGUGGUCUCCCUAUUUUGCGCCACAAGGCCUUGUCUGGAUUGAUCCCGGCGCCUGAUCUCGAAUACGCCCUUGACAAUCUUAAAGACGAAGAGAAUACCUUGUGCCUAAUGUCGAUUGAUCCUUCGACCCUGGUGACUGACAGUGAAGAUGAGGACGACAAUAUCGCCUAUCGGGCUGACUUUACUCGGUAUAUAGAUCCAGCCCCCGUUUCCCUCGAUGUACAUUCGCCCAUCGACCUUGUUUACCAAUGCUUUGCCAAGCUAGGCCUACGCUACCUCUGCGUGCUCCGAAAUGGACAGUAUGCAGGUUUGGUGCAUAAAAAGGCUUUUGUAAAGUACAUGAAAGAAAAUGAGUAG